ACGAGAAGUUGUAACAAACAAUACAGUGUUUAUUAAUAUUGUAUAUUUUAAUAUUUAUGGAAAUUUUUUGAUCAACAGUAUGGCAGAGAAUUUGUUGAGUGAUGUAGAAAGGUGGACAUGGAAUUGGACAGAGUUAUGUGGACAUCGUGGUGAUAUCAAUCCUUUAAAUCCAGAAACACAUGACUUAGGUAUAUGUUUCCAGCAGCUGUGUCUUCAGAUACCAGUAUUAGCUCUUAUAGCUAUAAUUUCUGCAUAUUAUUGUGGAAAAAGAAAUACACCUUCAUUUCGACAACAUACUUAUCACGCUUUAAAUAUAAGAAUUUUAAUUACAAUAUGCCUUGCGAUAUUGCCUAUUAUAAGGGCAUAUAUUAUUUUAACUAAUACCACUAUCCCUGUGGUACAUGACGAAGUGCAAAACUACAGCACACCAGUACCAAAAAGAUUGGAUACUUCCUUUCAUAGAAACAUAAGUUCACCUUUAGAUGAAAGAGACGUCAUAGGCAAGAUACGAGAUGGAUUUAAUCACACUGUGAGAUUUGCUAAGUCAAUUUUAUCGCCAGAGAGCAGUGUUAAAGAUACUACUAUAAUUCCUGCUGUACCAUAUACCAAGAAUUAUGAAUCAAUGUCAUUGGAUAUUGCUGAUAAAUUUACUUCCGCUAAACCAGUGGAUUAUCUUGUAGCAGGCACUGAAGGUUUAGCGUGGGUUGUGCAUCUGUUUUUUAUUUUAAGCUUGAAACGUGGGCGUAAUCCACGAGGACCACUCGUGAUACGAACAUUGAUAUUUCUUUUGAUUGUAAUUUCUUCGUUACUGCUCCGCAGUCACGUCAAUAAUAAACCUAGAGAUGAUGUUUUGCCAAAUUUAUCAUUGGGUUUCAGUAUCAGCGUAGUUACUUUUCUGAUAUUGUACGCCAUAACAUUGAUACCGGGUAAUAGGUCCGAGUAUACAAGAGUAUCAUCUCGAAAUGUCACGAUAGGAGAACGCACUGCACUGCUAAGUAGUCCCACUUCCUCAUACGUGCAAUUUCCGGAGCAACAGGACCAGAGCUAUCUUGGUGUUGCUAUGGAGGAUACAACUAUCAUUUCUAAGCUCCUGUUCCAUUGGGUAACGCCGUUAAUGCAAAAAGGCGUUAAAGGGCUAUUAAAUAAUUCCGACGAUUUGUUUGAUUUACCUGAACAAAUCAGUACCGGCAUGAUCAGUCAUAAAAUUGACAAAUGUUUACAUAAUACGCCGAAAACGCAGCCUGUGAACAACGGAGUCGAAAAUAACACGGAUAUACCGCUUCACACGAGUGUGAAAGUAAUUACAAAGAAAGUGACAUUGUUGCAUUUGCUACAUCAAUGUUUUGGCUGGGAAUUUUACGCUGUUGGAAUACUGAAAUUUAUCGCAGAUUGCAGUUCGUUUAUGGGGCCAAUAUUAUUAAAUAGAUUGAUAGGAUUUAUUGAAGACAGAAAUGAGCCAAUCUCGCAUGGAUAUCUAUAUGCGUUUCUUAUAAUACUGAGUGCUAUAAUUGGUGCCUUUUGUAAUACUCAUUUUACAUUUUGGAUGUCUGUUGUGGGUUUGAAGAUUCGUUCUGCAAUAAUUACUUUAGUCUAUCGUAAAACAUUACACUCUUCUAAUACUGAUUUAAAUCAUAAUUUUAACUUUGGUGAAAUUGUUAAUUUUAUGAGUACUGAUAGUGAUAGAUUAGUUAAUAGUUGUCCUAGUUUUCAUACAUUUUGGAGUAUACCGCUGCAGUUAUUUGUGACGCUGUAUCUUCUACACAAACAAAUCGGAAGUUCGUUUUUAGCUGGCGUUGCAUUUUCGAUCAUACUAAUACCAAUCAAUAAAGUCAUAGCAAAUAAAAUUGGUAAACUCAGUGCCAAGUUAAUGGAGUAUAAGGAUCAAAGAGUAAGGCUGAUGGGAGAGAUAUUGCGCGGGAUAAUUACAAUUAAAGUUAAUGUGUGGGAAGAGCACUUCUUGCGAAAUAUUCUUAAGCUAAGAGAGAAUGAAGUGAAAUAUCUACGAGGUAGAAAAUAUUUAGACGCUCUUUGUGUUUAUUUUUGGGCAACUACACCUGUUGUUAUCGCAAUAUUAACGUUUGCAACAUACGUAUUAGUUGGGAAUGAGCUCAAUGCUAAAAUCGUUUUUACCAGUAUGGCAUUGUUAAAUAUGUUAAUAGGACCUUUAAACGCCUUUCCAUGGGUUCUGAACGGUCUUACUGAAGCAUGGGUAUCUCUUAAGAGAAUUCAAAGAAUGUUAAACUUACCAGACAUGGACGCAUCAUUGUACUAUACAGAUAUUACUCCUGAUGUUGAUUUAUUGUUACAAAAUGUAACAUUGACUGUGGAUCGUCCAAAGAGUAAUGAUAAUACGCCAAGCGCGAGUCCGAAAGCUGAAACCGCUACGUCCUCAAGUACCAGUGUUAAGAAAAGUGUUACUUUUGAAGAUACCGAUGUCUUUGCAUUACAGAAUAUUAAUUUGUCUGUACAGAAGGGACAAUUAAUUGGUGUUAUGGGCCAGGUUGGAAGUGGAAAGUCCUUGCUUCUACAAGGUAUCUUAGCAGAAAUUACGAAAACGAGCGGAAUAAUAGCGGUUAACGACGAUCACAAAGGUUUCGGAUACGUGAAACAAAAUCCUUGGCUACAACGCGGCACAAUUCGAGAUAAUAUUCUGUUUGGAAAACCAUACGAUCAUAAUAAGUACAGGAACAUUUUAAAGGCUUGCGCUCUUACUUCCGAUCUGAAUUCACUGCCUAACAAAGACUUAACAGCCGUUGGUGAAGCUGGGAACACUUUAAGUGGUGGCCAAAAGACGAGAAUUUCCCUGGCUCGUGCUGUGUACGCGAAUAAAGAUAUUUAUUUGCUGGAUGACAUAUUAGCGACAUUGGAUGUUAAAGUUGCUCGACACAUUUUCCAGAAUGUGAUUUUAGAUUUAUUACGGAAUAAAACCAGGAUAUUGUGCACGCAUCAGACUCAAUAUUUGGUUCACGCAGAUUUAGUUAUUGAAAUGUCGAAAGGAAAAAUUAUUAAUCGUGGGAAACCGAGCGAUACAUUAUCCGACUUGGAAGAUUAUCUUCUGUCGUCGGAAUCAAUCGAAUAUAAUUUGGACAUGGCAUCUAUGAAAAUACUGCCCAGUGAAUUUAAUCAAUUGGAAAAUAAUGAGGAAGAUCCAUUGCUUGAUAAGGAAGCGACCGAAAAGGGGACAGUACAAUUGUCGGUAUAUUCAAGUUAUAUCAAGGCUAUCGGACAAUAUUUGGCGAUCUCGAUAUUUCUCUCAAUGAUUCUGAUGCAAAGCUCAAAAAAUAUUACCGAUUUGUGGCUGUCAUAUUGGGUUACUCACACUAAUGCCACAGCUGUUAAUUCAACCGACAUGUCCAGACUAAAAAGAUUGCAACUCUAUUAUGAUACUUACAAUUUGCAUGAUACAAAAUAUUACUUGACGGUUUAUAGUCUGCUGGCUGUAUUCAAUACUAUUUUUACUUUAAUCAGAGCCUUUAUCUUUGCGUACGGUGGCCUGCAAGCAGCUAUAACGAUACAUAAGCAACUCUUGAAGAUAAUUAUACGGGCAAAAACGACAUUUUUUGAUAUUCAACCGUUCGGCAGAAUCAUAAAUCGGUUCUCGUCUGACACAUAUACAAUCGAUGACUCUCUGCCUUUUAUCGCUAACAUUUUGCUGGCACAUCUAUUUGGCCUGAUUGCUACUGUUAUAGUUACAGCUUACGGGCUACCAUGGAUCUUCCUGGUAUUAGCACCCAUUAUACCUAUAUAUCAUUGGAUACAAAAUCAUUACAGAUUAACAUCGAGAGAAGUAAAACGACUAUCCAGUAUCACGUUAUCCCCUUUAUACGCUCAUUUCAGUGAAACGUUGAAUGGUUUAACAAGUAUUAGAGCCUUUCGCACUGUGCCUCGCUUCAAACAGGAAAAUGAAAUGCUACUAGAAGCCAGCCAAAAAACGCAAUUUGCUUCUAUAGCUGCCGGUCAAUGGCUCGCGCUGAGAUUGCAGUUUAUCGGUGUCAUCCUUUUAGCUGGAGUCAGCAUUAUGGCAGUUUUACAACAUCAAUAUGACAUAGCUGAUCCUGGCUUAAUUGGCUUAGCGAUCACGUAUGCCUUGUCCGUAACCGGACUGCUGUCCGGGGUCGUGAACUCUUUUACUGAGACUGAGAGAGAGAUGAUUGCGGUGGAACGAGUCAAACAGUAUUUAGAUAACGUACCGACUGAGAAUGCGACGGGCGAUAAUCCGCCUUACGCGUGGCCUAGUCAGGGUGUUGUAGAAUUUAGAGACGUCGUUUUAAAAUACAGAGAUCACUUAGUGCCAUCGUUGAAAGAAGUAACAUUUGUCACGCGACCGGCAGAGAAAAUAGGCGUUGUAGGCCGGACCGGUGCUGGGAAAAGUUCGUUACUCGCUUCGUUAUUUAGACUGACAGAAAUUAGUUCUGGGAAUAUAUUAAUUGAUAACGUGAAUAUUAAAACGCUACAAUUAAACGCACUAAGAUCCCGCUUAGCUAUUAUACCUCAAAAUCCGUUUCUCUUCUCGGGUACUAUUCGAGAGAACGUGGAUCCAUUGGAACAGUACACCGACAUGCAUAUAUAUAAAGCUCUUGAGAAGUGUAAAGUGCAUUCUUUAGUUAAUAGAUUGGGUGGCUUGGGCGCUACUUUGGAUGAAGGUGGCAGUAACCUCAGCGCCGGUCAGAGACAAUUAUUCUGCUUAGUCAGGGCUGUGCUACAUAACGCUAAGAUUGUUUGCAUCGAUGAAGCUACUGCGAAUGUAGAUCAGGAGACAGAUAAGUUCAUUCAAGCAACGAUAAAGUCUUCCUUCCAAAGUGCGACGGUUAUUACUAUUGCUCAUAGAAUAAGGACGAUUAUGCACUGUGAUAGAGUUUUAGUGAUGGGAGAUGGAGAAGUACUGGAGUUUGACGAGCCGAAUUUAUUGAUUCAGAAUGCCGAUUCCCACUUCUAUCAUUUGGCCAACCAAGAAUUUUCCGAUCAUGAAUAAGAAAUUGAAGAUAUAGUAAUCAUGAAUAUAACUGCAAUAUAUGCUAAUUGGUAUUUUUUUAGAUAAAUUAUUUUCAUACGAUAAAAUUACAUUUCAACUUAAGAAUAAAUUAAGAACGCGACAUUUCUACGAGAGCAAAUAUUUUUGUUUAUUGCGAGAUAUGUAAUGUGUAUUAAUAGUGCGGUUGUUAUUGUAUUAGUGUGAGACUAUUUUAAGUAAUAUUUAUGUGAGGACGAUUCUAUAUAUAGAGUAUCCAUAUAUUUUAUACACAAAUAAAUAUUUCCAGUAAAAAAAA